CUUGGCGGCGUUAGCUGAGCAGAGGCAGGAUUUCUCUGGGGAGAAUCUUCACUCAGAGCUUGCUGACAGCCAAGGAUGGCAAGCAAAGGGCCCUCGGCCUCUGCAUCUCCUGAGAACUCUAGUGCAGGGGGGCCCAGUGGCAGCAGCAAUGGCGCUGGUGAGAGCGGAGGGCAGGACAGCACCUUCGAGUGCAACAUCUGCCUGGACACAGCCAAGGACGCCGUCAUCAGCCUGUGUGGCCACCUCUUCUGUUGGCCGUGUUUACAUCAGUGGUUGGAGACGAGACCUAACAGACAGGUGUGUCCAGUUUGCAAAGCUGGCAUCAGCCGCGACAAGGUGAUCCCCCUCUAUGGCAGGGGCAGCACUGGGCAGCAGGACCCCAGAGAGAAGACUCCUCCCCGUCCUCAAGGACAGAGGCCAGAACCGGAGAACAGAGGGGGAUUUCAAGGGUUUGGAUUUGGAGAUGGUGGCUUCCAGAUGUCUUUUGGAAUUGGGGCAUUUCCCUUUGGCAUAUUUGCCACAGCAUUUAACAUAAACGACGGGCGGCCUCCUCCGGCUGUCCCCGGAACGCCCCAGUACGUGGACGAGCAGUUCCUGUCACGCCUGUUCCUGUUUGUGGCCCUGGUGAUCAUGUUCUGGCUAUUGAUUGCCUAAUGCUGGGCUCCCAGCCUACAUCCAUGCAGGGCCUCUGGACCGGUGACAUGCCAGCCCCACUCUUGAUGUUUGGCUUCCUGGCUAAUCCUGACCUCUGGAAUCAGUGGGGUCAGUGACACAUUAAGGAGUUUUGCUUCUCCAUCAGAGCUUUGGGACUCAAGACCAGUUGUUGAGGACCCUGGAGUGAGGCCACUGCUGUAAACACCUCAGGCCUUAGCAUUGAGUCAUCUCUCAUGGGUUACACCGUGAAAUCCUGUCCCAGCCAGCUCAGCAGGUCCUGACUCUGCACAGGAAAGAGGCAGGAGAAGAGGAAUUGUCAGUACAAUUUCACCUGAAUUUAAUAUUACAAAAACAAAGGGACGAACCAAAUAUGGAAACUUUUUUUCAUCUCUUU